GGUUGAAUGUUUGCCAUGAGAAAUCCAAGACACUUAUACUGCCAAGCUACUUAUUACCCCUCACUCACCCCAUCUGUCCUCAACGGCUUCUUUUUCGACCCACAACGACUCCGAGGUCCCGAGCCGUCACCCGCUGCAGCCGUGGAUCCGAUGAUUUGAGGAAAAUAGCUGUGCCGCAUCAGUGCCGGCUUACUCAAAAUAGAACAGCGCUCACAACAGGAUGGUUGUACUUAGUAUGUACACGCGGUACUUCGUGCUCGGCAGGCAACGUUCGUCUUAAUGCACGACGACUUGUGCCACAUACCGGGAAUCUGAAAGUUGUACCAAAGACCAAAUUUCGACCUGCAAUUGUUCUCUCGAUCGGUAAACAUUACGUCUGACUGUCCACCAGUACAACGAAGAAACAUGGCGUCUUCAAAAACGGGCACGUUUGCCAACCCGGUCCUUCCGGGCUUCAACCCGGAUCCAUCAGUCAUUCGGGCCGGCAAUGACUUCUUUUGUGUUACAUCGUCGUUUGAGUAUUUCCCUGGGGUGCCAAUUUAUCACAGCAAAGACCUGAUUAAAUGGGUCUUAAUCGGACAUGCUCUCACCCGAAAGUCGCAGCUUGAUAUCAAGACCCCCGAACCUGGAGGUGGCGUGUGGGCAACGACUAUUCGGUACCAUAACGGCAAUUUUUACAUAAUUACCAACUCUUUUGACCGGUACCGCCCGCAAACCGAUGAUCGCGUAUGGCCUCGGGGCUUUUACGUGAAAACUAGCAACAUCUGGAAUGAUAGUAGCUGGUCAGAUCCAGUAUACUUUGAUCAAGUCGGGUUCGACUUUGACCUUUUCUGGGAUGAUGAUGGAGUGGUAUACUUGUCAUCCUGUUAUCGUAAGAUUGAUCGCUCUCCGGAUCCUAGGAUACGAGAUUUUGCUGUUCACAUAUCUACGGUUGAUCUCAAGUCUGGAACUUUGACAUCCAGACCACGGAUGAUUCGCGAUUCUGUAUCCGGUUUUGCCGAAGGCUCCCAUAUCUUCAAGCGCAACGGCUAUUACUACUUGUUUACUGCUGAAGGAGGUACUGAGUCUGGGCACUGCGAAUAUGUGACCCGGAGCCGAGAAGGUCCUUUCGGGCCAUGGGAAGCAGCACCGCACAACCCACUAUGGCGUAAUACAACGUAUGAUGAUAUCCAAAACACUGGGCACUGCGACGUUGUUGAGGAUUCCCAGGGUCAGUGGUGGGCCAUGUGUCUAGGUGUACGACCCAGGAGGGAAGGUAGCUCAUGGCGGGCUUCGGUCUUCGGGCGCGAAUCAAUGCUGCUUCCGGUUCGCUGGGAGAAUGACUGGCCGAUAUUCAAUGAAGGCAAGGCGGUUGCAUUGCGAAUGGAGGCGCCGAAUGGCUACAUCUUGGAGGAUGACAAGAGGUGGAGAGAUGACUUUACGGGAAUCAAAUUAGGGCUGGGGUGGUAUAGAAAAAAUACCCCGGUAAGACAGGACUUUUCAAUGACAGCCCGUUCCAAUGAGCUCACGCUAUAUGGGGGUCCGUACACCCUAUCAAUGCCUGCUUGUCCGACACUUUUCCUACGGAAGCAAAAGCAUUGGCCUGUUGUUUGGGAAACCCAACUAGAUUUUCAGCCUGAGGCACUACGCGUCGAAGCGGGAACUGUCGUCUGGUGGAACCACACCUGCUACGCGAGUAUAGGAAUUACACUUGUCGAGCGCGAUGGACAGCUACAACGAGCCAUCCGACUGACUGAUCCAGACAAGGAAGUUAAGGAGGCAAUCAUAUCAGAGCAAGGUGCAGUAAAAUUGAUCAUUGAAAGCACUGAGACUAGCUAUCAACUGGGAUAUCGAGAUAUCAGUCAUGACGCACACGAAGCGAAUGAGAGCUGGACCUGGCUGGGUAACAUUGACACCCAGGUCAUGACGCGCGCCCCUGAGGUUGGUCAGCCUUUUACAGGCAUGAUGAUGGGGCUGUACUCUUUUGGUGAGAUGCAACCUGUUCUGAGUCCAGCGCAUUUCGCGUAUGCAGAGUUUCGAUAGCUGCAUCACUGUGGUAUAGGCCAGCAUCGAUUUCAGGGAGCAUGGUAAAUGCGAUACCGAGGCACGCAGGGAAAAUCAUUGGGGUUGAUGAUACUUAUACCAAACAUACUAUGCUUGUGCUGUUUUUCAAAAAGACAGCAGCUAAAACUCACUUGGUC